CUGCUGCCUGAAGGACCUGCACUUGUAAACAUUCCUCUUUCAGCUCACACAGCUGUCAUUAAAGAGCCCAACGAAAGACGAGUAAUAAACUGUGUGUAUUUAUUGGGCUUACAUUAUUGACUGUUAACGACCACUAAUGAAACGUUACAUCAGUUACUGCUGUCGGUAGCGUUACCACUUACACCGUUACUUUCCGUAGUUUGCCGUUAAACCCGCCUGUAGUAAAUCAAGUUUACUCCGGUUCAAAUACCUCAGCCCAGCCUCCAGAGUUGAUUAUUGAUUUUUAUAAUCAGUGUGGGCGGACAUCAAACGGUACUUUAACUUAAAGUGUACCGUCGCCGUUAAUUCCGUUAAAUUCAACUUGUGCACCGACGGACCGACGAGCUGAAGAUGAACCCGAGCGGAGCCCGCAGGGGGAAGACUUUCCUCUUCACAUCCGAGUCUGUUGGAGAAGGACACUCCGAUAAAAUGUGUGAUCAGAUCAGUGAUGCUGUGCUCGAUGCGUACCUGAGUCAAGACCCGGACUCUAAAGUGGCUUGUGAGUGUGUGGCGAAGACGGGCAUGAUUCUGCUGGUUGGAGAAGUGACGUCGAAGGCCAUCGUUGAUCUCCAGUCAGUAGUCCGAAAUACAGUCAAGAAGAUUGGUUAUGAUGACUCGUCAAAAGGUUUUGACUAUAAGACCUGUAACGUGCUGCUGGCGCUGGAGCCGCAGUGUGUGGAGAUCACCGACUGUGUGUUUGAAGGCAGAGAUCAGGAGGACAUCGGUGCAGGAGACCAGGGUUUGAUGUUUGGCUACGCCUCCGAUGAGACCGAGGAGUGUAUGCCCUUAACCAUCCUCCUGGCUCACAAGCUCAACUACAGGCUGAAGGAGCUGUCACUCAACGGAGAGUGUCCGUGGAUACUGCCAGACUCCAAAUCACAAGUCACGGUGGAGUAUAAAGACAACAUGGGCGCCAUGGAGCCUCUGCGUGUCCACACUGUGGUCAUCUCAGUACAGCACAGCCCAGAUAUCUCCCUGCAGGAGAUCAGACGCCAUCUGAUGGAGAAGGUGGUGAAUGUCGUCAUUCCCGCCCGGUACCUGGACAACAAGACCAUCUACCAUCUGCUGCCAAGUGGGAAAUUCCUCAUUGGAGGUCCACAGGGUGAUGCAGGACUGACAGGGCGUAAAAUCAUAGUGGACACGUAUGGAGGAUGGGGUGGGCACGGAGGAGGGGCGUUCUCUGGAAAAGACUACUCCAAAGUGGAUCGUUCCGGAGCAUAUGCGGCACGCUGGGUCGCUAAGUCUUUGGUCAAAGCUGGACUGUGCAGGAGAGCCCUCGUUCAGAUCUCGUAUGCGAUUGGUGUGAGCCACCCACUCUCCAUCUCAGUGUUUCACUACGGCACAUCGAACAGGGACGAAGACGAGCUGCUGCAGAUAGUCCAAAAGAACUUUGACCUGCGACCUGGGGUCAUCGUCAAAGAGCUGGGUUUGAAGCGGCCGAUCUACCAGGCCACCGCCUGCUACGGUCACUUUGGCAGAGAGGAGUUCCCCUGGGAAAAACCAAAGUCUCUGGUGUUCUGAGUUUAACGUGGUCGAUCACAUUCCAGUCAUGUCUGAAUAAUCAGUCGUUAAACAAUCAAGAGCCACAGAAUCCAUGUAUGUGAACAUAAAUGUCUUUGUCUGAACUGUAAAGGCAGUGGUCAGUGCCUUUGUUCAAAAAUUAUGAUUUUUAACUCAUGAUUGAGAUAAUUUCCUGUUUGGAAACUGUAGUUUUGUUUAAAACAAAAAUGAUUAUGCAAUAAAUGUGUUUUUUAUUUUGGAGUAUUGUGUGAGAACUGUCAGGUGCAGUCAGAUUUAUAACAAUCAUGUAUUUUGGUCAUUUUUAAUAAAUAAUAUUUGGUGAACAAAACAUG